AGCAACAAACAAAAAAUUGAAAUAAAGUUUUUCGCGUGGCCCACUGCUCAUCUAAUAUAAAGAAGAGCUCAGAAGACAAAUUGAUCAUUAGCACAUAUAGAUCGCCACCGCGGAGAGAAUAGAAACAAUGAAAUUGAGUGCCAAGGGAGGAAUGAAGAAGGCGAGCAUGAGCAUCACAGGAGGCCGGAGUUCAUAUGAAGCAGGUCCGAAAGUAGAGACACAUGCUGCUGUAGACCUACCUCCUCCACCACCUUCAAUUGUCUUAGCAUCGGCUAUCCCUGGUCGUGGGAAUUCCGGCCGGUUUUCUUCCUCCGUUAACACUAAGACCAACGUCAUUUGUAUAACAAGCGGAAGCUGCUCCAAAGCUGGUGAAAAACGCAAAAUAUCAAGGCUUCAGGAAGCAAAAGAAAACUUGAAGAGGAUGAAGGCAGAAGUGAAGAGGAUGAAGGCAGAAGUAAAGAAGAAAAGUGCAGAGACAAAUCUCAUGAUGCUGCAGCUAAUGGAAGAAACAACAAAAUUUCAAGCUGCCGCAGAAGGGAUUGAGUCUGCACUUGCACAAGGUCGGGCACAGAACGAGCAGAUGAUGGUGCAGAAUUUGCAGGACCAAUGUCUUUUAAUGCUAGGCUGGAGAUAUAUCUUGGAUGAAGAUGAUAAUCCCACAUAUUGAGUGUUGCCUUAACAGAACAGAUAGACAAUAAUAGCAGGAGACUAUAUAUGUUUACUCAAAUGAAAGUUACUGCUUCACAAUUUAUUGGGCCCUAUGUUUGCAUGAAUUAAUUACUUUCUAUGUACGUCAGUCCAUGUUUGUUGUCUGUACUUUCCAUCCAUGUUUUGUAAAUAAAUGUCUUUUGGCGCA